AUGAUUAUUCCAGUGAGAUGCUUUUCAUGUGGAAAGGUGAUUGGAGAUUUAUGGGAGCGCUACCUAAAGCUAAUCGAUGCUCAAGUGUCUGACGGUGAUGCCAUGGAUCAACUUGGGUGCAAACGCUACUGCUGUCGUCGUAUGGUCAUGACUCAUGUAGAUCUUAUCGAAAAGCUCCUGAAAUACAACCCUGCCGAGCGCGAUGCGAAGAAAGCCGCCAUGAACUGA